AUGCCCGCUCCUGCCGUCCACACCGUCUUCGGUGUCGAGGACUUUAAGAUCGAUGCCCGUUUCCUCUCGCACAUGGCAUUUCUCUGCUCCCCUGACAAGCCGGUGGAGACGUCGACGCUGAUCGGCAGCUACGCCAUGUGUGAGAUCUGCGUCUCGGAGACAGAAACUGCCGAUAUCAUGAUGUACCUGGACACGCUGCGCAGCCCCGGCCAGCAGGCAUACGUCGGCAAGGUGACGUCGGAAAUGCGUCUGUCCGCCAAGGCGAGCCGUAACACCGCCGUCGCCGAGGCUGCGGACGCCAUGGAUGCGGAGUUUGCCCGCUUGAAGAGUGUCUUUUUCUUGCGCGUGCGCUCUUUUGUGGUGAUCAACACGGAGACGAACGAGACGGUGGGUCGCGUGGUGACGUUCCCUGGUCAGAUCUCCGACGACUACGGCACCAACCUUGACGAGCACUCCGAGCAUGGCGCCAACCAGAUCAAGGUGGUCCGUGCACAUUCUGCCGAGGAGCUGAUUACUGUCUACAUCGGCCACGGCCAGGGUGCGGCGAUGGCCCAGCUCUGCGCCGUCGCCUCUGGAAGCCAGGCCAUCGUCUUCGACGGCACGACGCUGUCAGAGCUGCUCGUGCGCAACGCUGUGGUGCACAAAUGUGUGAUGACGGAGCCCAUUGACAAAAGUGUGGAGAGGGCUUGGCAUAUCCUCCACUACCGCAGCGAGGCGUGGGCCAAGAAGCAGGACGCCACAGUAAGAGCUACCGUCGCCGCAGCGAGAAAGAUCGACGCCGAGGAGAAGGCUGCCAACGAUGCGAAAAUGAAGGGUGAGUCCACGGGCUGGGUGACUGAGAACAAGGACUGCUCUGCCGAGGAGUGGCUCAAGAAGUGCGAGUGGAUCACGAUGAGCGGCAUCAUUCCUGUCGUGGCGCAGUGCCGCUUCGCCCGCACUGGCCGCUACAACGCCAAGGCGCUCAGCGACAUGAUAACAGACUACACCGCCUCCAUGCAGGCUGCCGAGGACCCGUACGCGUAG